CGUCGUGACGUCACAACACCAGGCUUGCUACUGUGUUGCUUAUGUGUUCCCGGCUCUUCCAAGAACCCUGCAGGAUUUCUCCACCCCCACGCCGGCGCGCUGUCCUCCUCCCAGCCUGGGCCACCGGGGACCUCAGUUCGGAGCUUUCUCAGCUGGCCGGAGGAGCAGAGUGAGCAGCAGCCGUGGUUCCCAUCGCCAAGAUCCUUCGUAUCUCUUCACUGGCCUCCCACCGGGGGAACCCAGCGUCGGGGAAUCGAUCCGCUCGGUUUAAGCCAGGCCCCCCGGGGAGAUCGGAGACGCUGCGGAGCAUCAUGAAAUUCCAAUACAAGGAAGAUCAUCCUUUCGAGUACCGGAAAAAAGAAGGGGAGAAGAUUCGGAAGAAAUACCCUGACAGAGUCCCUGUGAUUGUGGAGAAGGCCCCUAAAGCCAGAGUCCCUGACCUGGACAAAAGGAAGUACCUGGUACCCUCUGAUCUAACAGUUGGUCAGUUCUACUUCUUAAUUCGGAAACGGAUCCAUCUUCGGCCAGAAGACGCCCUAUUCUUCUUCGUCAACAACACUAUCCCUCCUACUAGUGCUACCAUGGGCCAACUUUAUGAGGACAACCAUGAGGAAGACUAUUUUCUCUAUGUUGCCUACAGUGAUGAAAGCGUCUAUGGGAAGAAGAAGGCAUUGCAGGACAGAGCUGCUGGAUUGGAUGGGGGAAGUUUUCGACAUGUAUGAUUGGGAAAUGGGGAUGGCAACCCUCCUUCCUGCCCUCUUCCCACCCUGCAAAAUUAGCCUUUGUUGUGCUGGAUAGAAGGGUCAAUUGUGGGGAGUGGAGUGAUAGAUUGUUUUUGGAUAGUUUGUCCAGGGAAGACUUCCCAGUUUUCUUACCCUGGGGGGUGGGAAACCCAGUUUGAUACAUUGGUAGGAGGGGUUUGGGUGGGAGAGACAGAAGAAGAUGCUCUAUAACUACCCCAGUAUUUGACCAAAUUUGUUUUUUAUCAUCUCUCCUUGGCAACAUCUCUUCCAUAGUCCUACUGCGGGCUUUAUCCUCCCCCAAUAUCCCUAAGUAUCAUUCUCGGAGGUGAUUAUGACCCUAGAGCUCUAACCACUAUUGCCUGGCUUAUUGGGCUUAUAUCUCCAGACUUUACUUAAAAGUACAGAAAGACAUGGAAUAUGGAGAUAAGAGGAGAAUGUUUGUUCCUCUUUAAUGGAGGUGUUGGGCUAGGAGCUUGCAUCUCUAUCCCACUUGACAUUUCCUUGUUUUUCUAAAUGGAAGGCCAGACCUAGGGACCAAAGAGAAAGCUUGUUUGGCAUUAGGACCCUAAAAUAAAAAACUUCCAUUCUACUGUCUAAUGAAAUUUCCCAGUGGUAGUGAAAUCACUAAGAGAAUGUGUCUUCUAUUGACUUUGGAAAGGAGGGUAGGUAGGAUAUAUCACUAAGCUGAAUUUAUGGAGUAUCCCAGCUUCUCUCUGAGUAUCUUUUACUACAGAACAAGAAGCCCUAUCAGCCCUGGACUUAAUUAACCUGCAAACAUUCCCAACUAUAGGUGGGAACCUUCCCUAUCAUUCCUAAAUCCCACCAUUCUGGGUACAGGGGAAAGUGGGGAGGGAGAUUAGCAUUCUUGCUCUUGUGCACACAUAAAUGGUUGAUGAAUUCCACUCCUUGUUCUGUAUUCAUUCAUCAAAGCUGCUGGUUAGAAAGUUCUGGGUCCUGAUUUAUUUUGUCAGUUUUGAUUAUUGUUUUCUCUUCUGGGGAAGGUGGGGGGGAGGGAGGGAGGGAAGAGCCAUUUAGUUCCAUCUUUGCUUUGUUGGAAACCUGGUCCCCUGUGAUGGGAGACACCUCUUUGUCAGUUGUUGUACUAGCUGCAGGUUCCUGUGUAAAUGAAGUUCUUGCUAUCAAGCAAGGAAAUAAAAUAAUUGCACACUUUAAGAUCGUC